AUGCACCGAACAAAGAAUAAAGACGCCACAAACACCAAGAGGCCGACUUCUCGUUUUAGUCGCUUCAUAGAUCGAAUCCUACCAUCUGGUCGAUUCCCAUCUCGCGGUCUUAGUCUCACGACGGGUACCGUACCUUCAACGGCGCCCACUGUCGCUGGAAGAGACUCCGUCAUUGCUACUCAGAGCAUUGAGCAAGGGGGGACGUUCUCUGAAUCGGAGUCGGUACCUAGCGAGCGUAUGGCCAGUCCCGCUAAGGAUAUCCCUCUCAUGCCAACUGUUGAAGAGGCAAGGGCAGAGCAGGCCCAUUCCCGCGCUUAUCUGAACAUGAUGCGUACUUGCGGUGCACUCGUACAUGUAUUGAAAGCAGUUGAACCAUUCCUGGAGGGCACGCCAUUCAGGACUCCCCUCGCGGUUCUCACUGCCAUCGCAGAUGUUGUUGAAACCGUCAAUGACACUAGUGACAGUGCGGAAGAUACACUGGAUACCAUCUCUCGCCGUCUUACCGUCAUAGAAAACGCUCUCACCACGCGCCAGCACCUGGGCAAGGAGUUGUCCACCAGAAUUGAUAAGUUCGCCAACUUCCUAGUCCAGCGAGCGGUCGAGAUACAGGGAAUUCGCGGCACAUCUGCGUGGAUUAAGGUAUCAGAAAGUGAGGAUCAUAAGAAGAAGAUAACCGAAGUCGUUCGGAGGAUCCAAGACUACACAACGGAUUUUUCGAUCGAGGUUAUGUUGGCCAUCGAGAGGGACACGAAGUCGAUUCUCGAGUUGCUCAAGCUGGACAAGUGGCUGCGUGCGCCUGCCGCCAUGUACAGAACGGAUGAGGAUGCACCUGUUCGUCGGCAUUGCACAGAGGGUACCCGUACCGGCGUAUUAGAACGCAUCAAGACAUGGGCCACAGAUACCUCUCCCUCGAGCCCACAUAUUUUCUGCCUUACCGGUAUGGCGGGAACAGGUAAAUCCACGAUAGCGUACACGAUCUGUCGUGAGUUCGACAGAGAGAACAGUCGUUGUGCUUUGGGCGCCUCCUUCUUUUGCUCCCGUCAAUCCAGGGACCUAUGCAAACUUGGGAAUCUUGUACCCACCGUAGCUUGCCAACUGGCACGACAUUCAUCUUCGUUUGGCGCGACGUUACUAGAUGCCGACCCAUUCGCUUAUUAUAGUUCGAGCGAGCAGAUGGAUCAUCUGCUGAUUGGUCCUUGGCAGCGAUCGAAGGGGGACCGCCCUGAAGAGCUGCCCCCGACCCUCAUCGUUAUUGACGCUCUGGAUGAAAUCGACCAGGAAGGCGGCCACACGCUGCUCAAGUCGCUCAUUGAUGUUGUGAAAAAGACUGGGAGUGGCAUGCGGGGUAUCAAGUUCCUCACGACGAGCCGCCCUCAUCCCGACAUAGUCACUGCCAGCGAGUCCCUGUCGCAUGAUUCUGUGUAUCGCCUCGAAGAGAUCAAGGAGCAGGACGGGCGGGCGGACAUUCUGAAGUACCUAGACGAGUGUCUGCCUGAACUCAAGACAUCGUCUCGAGACAAAAUAAAUGCUCUUGCAGAUCUUUCCGGCGGGCUAUUCAUUUAUGCCGCGACUGCAGUGCACCUUAUAGCACCUCCUCUCCCCGCGCCCCGUCUCUCCAAAGCAGAACAAAACUUCAUGCUGUCGCGGAUCAUCAGAGGUUCAAAUAGGCUCACACCCGACAGUGAUAGGCUGCCAAUCGAUGUUUUAUACCUGCAGAUUGUCCGCGAUUGCAUUGGCAGCGAUAAAGCUCAUUAUAUGCCGUUUCGGCUUACCAUCCUCCAUGGUAUUGCAUGCGCACGACAGCCACUUUCAGUCAAUGUACUCUCCGAACUCGUGUCCGAAGCUUCUGAGCAUGACCAUCGAGACACUGUCCGUCAGGUUGUUGAGGCUCUUUAUGCCGUUGUGUACAUUUCUAACGACCGUGUAUAUAUGUACCACAAAUCCUUCUCCGACUUCAUCUUUGAUAGUGAGCGCUGUACCCCACAGCUUGCCUGCAAAAGGGAAAUCAGUCACGGUAUUCUUGCUCGCGGCUGUUUUCGUGUCAUGGACCAAUCUCUUCGAUUCAAUAUCUGCAACCUUCCAUCCUCUUUUCUUUUGGACUCCGAGGUCGACAACCUUGCACAGUCUCUUGAAGAGAAUGUGCACAGCAUUGAUGGCCUGACUUAUGUGUGUCGGUAUUGGUGGUCACAUCUGAUUGAGGUAGUACCUAGUGCAAGCCAAGAGGUCCAGUCUCUCCUUGAUAAGCUGGUCGUGUUCAGUGAGGAGAAGGUACUUUUUUGGAUUGAGGUCAUGAACCUGCUCAGAGCAAAGGGUGAUUGUCGUAAUGGAGUGGACGCCGUGAUGAGAUGGUUGAAUAAAGCAGCUGUGACCGAGCUGCAAAUGAUUUGGACUGCUGUUUCAAAGCUUAUUAAAUCAUUUCUCAUGACCCGAGCAUCGCUGUCGACAGCCCAUCUCUACAUCUCAUGUUUGGCUUCCGUGCUUGCAACAAACUAUAGAGUUCCUGACACUUGGAGGGUCCACUUUCCCGGCCUACCAAAACUGAGUCGCGCCGAAGUGAACAAUUAUAGUAGUGACCUCGUGGUUAUGAAGACAGAGAGCGCUGUCAGCUCCGUAGCAUUCUCCCCAGAUGGCAUGCGCAUUGUCUCAGGUUUGUAUGAUUCAGAGAACUCAGUGUGCAUCUGGGAUGUAUCUACGGGUGAGAAAGUGCAAAAGCUGAAGGGGUACACACGCUUGGUCACCUCCGUUGCAUUCUCACCCAAUGGCAAAUGCAUCAUCUUGGGCUCGGAAGACAACUCAAUGCGCAUCUGGGACGUGUCCACUGGUGAGGUGGUGAAGGAGUUGAGGGGCCACACAGCCUCAGUACAGUCUGUUGCAUUCUCGUCUGAUGGUAUGUACAUCAUCUCGGGCUCAGGAGACCAUUCGGUGCGAAUAUGGGACACGUCCACCGGAGAGGAAGUGCAGAAGCUGGAGGGCCACACACAUACAGUUUUCUCUGCUGCGUUCUCCCCUGAUGGCAUGCACAUUGUCUCAUGCUCGGGCGACCGCUCAGUGCGCAUCUGGGAUGUGUCCACAGGCAAGGAAGUGCAGAAGUUGGAGGGCCACACACAUACAGUUUUCUCUGCUGCGUUCUCCCCUGAUGGCAUGCACAUUGUCUCAUGCUCGGGCGACCGCUCAGUGCGCAUCUGGGAUGUGUCCACGGGUGAGGAAGUGCAGAAGCUGGACGGCCACACUGAUUCUGUACAGUCCGUCGGAUUCUCCACUGAUGGCAAUCGCAUCAUCUCUGGCUCGAGUGACCACUCGGUACGUAUCUGGGACGUGUCCACCGGUGAGGAGGUGUAUAUGCUGCAGAGCCGCGCAGAAUUACCUAAAGCUGUUGCAUUUUCCAUUGAUGGGGUGUAUAUUGUCUCAGGCUGGCAAGACGGCAGGAUGAAAAUCUGGGACAUAUCCACAGGUGAGGGGUCACAGAACUUGAAGGGCCCCAAUAGUCAGGUCUUGUCUGUUGGAUUCUCCUCAGAUGGAACUCACAUUGUCUCGGGAUCGGCCGACCGCUCGGUGCGCAUCUGGGAUGCAUCCACCGGUGAGGAGGUCCAGAAGCUGGAUGGCCACACUGAUCCUGUACGGUCCGUCGGAUUCUCCUCAGAUGGCAUACACGUCGUCUCGGGCUCAGACGACCACUCGAUACGCAUCUGGGACGUAUCCAUGGGUGAAGAGGUGCAGAAGUUGAGGGGCCACACAGACUGGGUCAACUCUGUCGCAUUCUCACCCGAUGGCAUUCACAUUGUUUCGAGUUCAACGGACAAGUUGGUGUGUAUCUGGGACACAACCACUGGUGAGGAGGUACAGAAGUUGAAGGGUCACACAGGCUGGGUCAACUCUGUUACCUUUUCCUCCGAUGGAAUGCAUAUUGUCUCAGGCUCAGGCGACGAGUCAGUGCGCAUAUGGAAUGCAUCCACCGGAGAGGAGGUCCAGAAGUUCCAGGGCCACACACACUGGGUCAGAUCUGUUGCAUUUUCCCCCAAUGGUGUGCAUAUUGUCUCAGGCUCGAAUGAUGAGUCAGUGCGCAUCUGGGACACAUCCACCGGUGAGGAGGUGCUGAAGUUGAGGGGCCAUACAAGCCGGGUCAACUCUGUCGCAUUCUCACCCGAUGGCAUUCACAUUGUCUCAGGCUCGGACGAUUGGUCGGUGCGCAUCUGGGAUGCGUCCACCGGUGUGCAGGUGCAGAGGUUGGAGGGCCACACAAGCUGGGUCAACUCCGUUGCAUUCUCCUCUGAUGGUACACGCAUCGUCUCAGGCUCAUCAGACGAGUCAGUGCGCAUCUGGGACGUGAGCACCGGUGGGGAGGUGCAAGAGUUAAAGGGUCACCCAGUAUCAGUCAACCCCGUCGCAUUCUGCUCCAACGAGACAUGCAUUGUGCCGGACUCGAAGGACUUGGUGCGCACAUCAGAUCCUUGGACCGGCCAGCAGUUCCAACAAUUAGACUGGAAACCUGGUGCAGAUGGAUGGGUUAUCGCCAACACAUCUCAAGACCGCUUGCUUUGGCUCCCAAGCUAUCUGCACGGCAGUCUCCGCACAAAACAUUGUCGUCUUGUGAUCUCUGGAAAAGGCAGCACGACUCUCGAUUUUUCAUCUGCUUGUUUAGGUCCCGACUGGAAAAAUUGUUACAAUCCAACGUCUUCAAAUGGAGACAAGCACCAGUCACACCCGGUUUCCCAAACUCUAACCCGCAUUCGCGGAAAGGCAAUAGAAAGUGGUAAGGAGCAGGUGAAGGGAGGGUUGUAG